ACAUGCGCCUGAGAGCUGCCUGGGAAAAGCAGGAGCUGCAGUUAUCAGAGUUGGAACCUUUCUGAAAUAUGCUUUUGUCUCUGCUUCUGUGGCGUUCAAUCAGAUCAACAAGUGUUGGCUAAGUGUUGAGCGUGGUUUCCUGUAGGAUUGUGUAAGGCCCGGCAGGACAAUAAGCGUUUUGGGGGCACUGAGUAAUGCAGCCAUUUGUGAGCCGGCAGCCGGGAAAAUGUGAGACAAUUUGCUGCCGCUGGAAAGAGGACAACUGGGGCUGAGCUCCUGCAGAAGCAGAUUAACCUCCCCGCAGCGGAGCCAGGCGAAGGAGCAAGUCAAAAUGUCUCUUUCUACUUUCAUGUGCUUAUGGAACUAUGCAGCCUGAGUGAUUUGCUAAGAAAAUUGAUGUGUAUAUCCUGUGUGAGUGAUGAUCUGAGAGUCCAGCCGAAUCUCACCAGCUCCCCUAGGACGAUAACAUGGAUACAAAAUCCAUUCUAGAAGAACUUCUUCUCAAAAGGUCUCAGCAAAAGAAGAAAAUGUCACCAAAUAAUUACAAAGAGCGGCUUUUUGUUUUAACCAAAACAAAUCUUUCCUACUAUGAAUAUGACAAAAUGAAAAGAGGCAGCAGAAAAGGAUCAAUUGAAAUUAAGAAAAUCAGAUGUGUGGAGAAAGUGAAUCUCGAGGAACAGACACCAGUGGAGAGACAGUACCCAUUUCAGAUCGUCUACAAGGAUGGGCUUCUCUAUGUCUAUGCAUCAAAUGAAGACAGCCGGAGUCAGUGGUUGAAAGCAUUACAGAAAGAGAUCAGGGGCAACCCUCACCUGCUGAUCAAGUACCACAGUGGAUUCUUCGUGGACGGGAAGUACCUGUGCUGCCAGCAGACCUGUAAAGCAGCCCCAGGAUGUACCCUCUGGGAAGCAUAUGCUGAUCUUCAUGUUGCAAUCAAUGAAGAGAAACAGAGAGCUCCUACCUUCCCAGACAGAGUGCUCAAGAUUCCUCGAGCAGUUCCUAUUCUCAAAAUGGAUGUGCCGUCUUCAAGUACCAGCCUAGUUAAAUACGACAGCGAUUCAAGGAGAAACUACGUCUCCCAGCCAAACGUCAACAUGGGGUGUAUUCCCAGGGAAGACUGCCCUGACUGGUGGCAAGUAAGGAAACUGAAAAGCAGUGAUGACGUUGCAUGCAGUAGCCAAACAGGAAGAAGUGUCACAAAUCACAGCAUCUCGAAGAUUUCAUGGGGAUUUCCUGAGUCAAGUUCAUCUGAAGAAGAGGAAAACCUGGAUGAUUAUGACUGGUUUGCUGGUAACAUCUCCAGGUCACAAUCUGAGCAGCUACUGAGACAAAAGGGAAAAGAAGGAGCAUUUAUGGUUCGAAAUUCCAGCCAGGUGGGAAUGUACACAGUGUCCUUAUUUAGUAAGGCUGUGAAUGAUAAAAAAGGAACUGUCAAACAUUACCAUGUGCAUACAAAUGGUGAGAACAAAUUAUAUCUGGCAGAAAACUACUGUUUUGAUUCCAUUCCAAAGCUUAUUCACUAUCAUCAACACAAUUCAGCAGGCAUGAUCACAAGGCUCCGCCACCCAGUGUCAACCAAGGCCAACAAAGUCCCAGUAUCUGUGUCCUUGGGAAGUGGAAUCUGGGAACUAAAAAGAGAAGAGAUUACCCUGUUGAAGGAGCUAGGAAGUGGCCAGUUUGGAGUGGUCCAGCUGGGCAAGUGGAAGGGGCAGUACGAUGUUGCUGUGAAGAUGAUCAAAGAGGGCUCCAUGUCAGAAGACGAAUUCUUCCAGGAGGCCCAGACAAUGAUGAAACUCAGUCAUCCCAAGCUGGUUAAAUUCUAUGGAGUGUGUUCAAAGAAAUAUCCCAUAUACAUAGUGACUGAAUACAUAACCAAUGGCUGCUUGCUUAAUUACCUGAAGAGUCAUGGAAAAGGACUUGAACCCUCCCAGCUCUUGGAAAUGUGCUACAAUGUCUGUGAAGGCAUGGCCUUCUUGGAGAGCCACCAGUUCAUCCACCGAGACCUGGCUGCUCGGAACUGCUUGGUGGACAGUGAUCUCUCCGUGAAAGUGUCCGACUUUGGAAUGACUAGGUAUGUCCUUGAUGACCAGUAUGUCAGUUCAGUAGGAACAAAGUUUCCGGUCAAGUGGUCAGCCCCGGAGGUGUUUCACUACUUCAAAUACAGCAGCAAGUCAGAUGUGUGGGCAUUCGGGAUCCUGAUGUGGGAGGUGUUCAGCCUGGGGAAGCAGCCCUAUGACUUGUAUGACAACUCCCAGGUUGUUGUGAAGGUCUCCCAGGGCCACAGACUCUACCGGCCCCAGCUGGCAUCGGACACCAUCUACCAGAUCAUGUACAGCUGCUGGCAUGAGCUUCCAGAAAAGCGUCCCACAUUUCAACAACUCCUAUCUUCCAUUGAACCACUUCUGGAAAAAGACAAGCCUUGAAGAAGAAAUUCAGAGUGAACACGAGAAUGAAUAUAAAUAUUGGCCAACAUUUUCAUUCUUAUUAUGGAGGAAGAGCGAGACAAAAUAUAAUUUAGCUAGUUCUUAAUAGUGUUUUGUGUGUUGUUUGUUAUAUUAUCUUUGAAUAAACAAUGUAGGAAACAAAAGAUUUCUUUGAAAUUUAGGUCAGAUUAGUAAGUUUUGUUUAUGUUGUGCUUAAUACAACACUUCCAGCCUACAGCAGCACAUUUUCACAUUGCAACAUGAAAGUGUGUAUCAUGUGUAAAGAUGGAACAGGAUUGACAAUUUACUUGUAUUACCAUUCUUUAUAUUGUCGCUAUCAUGAUCAUUAAAUAUACUAUCAAGUGCAGAAAUGUGGACAUUUGCCUUUAGAUUUUAAUGCUCGCAAACUUGAGCAUGUGUGAAAAUCAAGUGGAGAGCUUAUGAAAACAUGGAUUCCCAGGAACUACCCCGGAGUUCUGAUAGAGCACAUCUUGUGUUUUAAUAAGCUCCCUGAUGCUGUGAUUCAGUCAGCGUGAGCUACCCCACGGCACUUCCUUAUGUGAUGGGACACCGUUAGGUGGUCCAUAAUUCAAUCCAGAUGGCACAAUUC